AUGAAUUAUAGAGCAGUGACUUAUGUGCCAGUAAAUUUAAGACCAAGUUUGGCAAGAAUGAAUUAAGAUCUGUAGAGAUGUAAGUUUGAAGCUAUUUAAUAUGCCAUUUGUGCAAGCUCUAAAGGAUAUGAAGUGAAGGAGAAGUAAUGCUAAGCGGAAUUUGAAAUAUAUAGUUCUUGUUUGAAAAAAUAAUGA